AUGAAUACAGCCCGUCAGUCGUCCAUCACGGUGGCAGUGCGUGUGCGUCCCUUCACGCCAGCAGAAGAGAACAAGCUCAUCCUGCCGCCAGGGAAACCGCUCUUCAUAGGCGAUGGAGCCCUUUCAGGAAGCCUGGACAGCACCAGCGAAGAAAAUGGCAGGUCACAUUUGAUUCCUCGAGGAAUACGCAGAAUUGUCGAUGUCGUGGACGACAAGAUGCUCAUAUUCGAUCCUCCGGCCACAAACCCGCUAACAUCAAUGCAAAGAAAUGCGUUUCCCAACUCCAACAUGAGAGCACGAAUACGAGACUACCGAUUUGUAUUUGACAGUCUUUUUGACGAAAACACGCUGCAGCAGCAGAUCUACGAGGCUACUACGAGACCUCUUCUAGACAGCAUCUUGGACGGGUACAACGGUACAGUGUUUGCGUAUGGAGCCACUGGGUGUGGAAAGACGCACACGAUUCUGGGCACACCAACAGACCCCGGGGUGAUUUUUCUAACGAUGAAGGAAUUGUACGAGCGAAUCGACGCUUUGGCGGAUACGAGGUUGUUUGAUGUGAACAUCUCAUUUUUGGAGAUCUACAACGAAACGAUCCGAGACUUGUUGGAGCCCGAGACGCCGUCGAAAAAGUUGGUGUUGCGGGAAGAUUGCAAAAAGCGAAUCAUGGUGUCGAACUUGCUGUCUCGGCUGCCUGCAUCGGUAGAAGAGGUGAUGGACUUGUUGGUGGUGGGCAACCAGAACAGAACGCUGUCUCCAACGGAGGCGAACGCGGCUUCACUGAGAUCUCACGCUGUGUUGCAAAUCAAUGUCAGCUCACGAAGUCGAACGGCCUCUUUGGAUCAAGAGCACACCUUUGCAACCUUGUCUAUCAUUGACUUGGCCGGCAGUGAACGUGCGGCAGCGACCAAGAAUCGAGGGGCGAGGCUCAACGAAGGUGCCAACAUCAACAAGUCGCUUUUGGCGUUGGGGAAUUGUAUCAAUGCCUUGUGUGACCCACGUAGGAAAAACCACGUACCUUACAGGGAUCUGAAGCUCACCAGGCUCUUGAAGUUCUCUCUCGGAGGGAAUUGCAAAACCGUCAUGAUAGUGUGUGUUUCUCCGCUGUCACAACAUUAUGACGAAACUUUAAACACCCUUAAGUACGCUAAUCGUGCCAAAGAGAUCAAGACAAAGCUCAUAAGGAACCGCCAGAAUUUGGAUCGCCAUGUUGGCUCAUACCUCAAGAUGAUCACCGAACAAAAGCAAGAAAUCGAAGAAUUACGAAAUCGAGAAUCGAAAGUUGUGGAGACUACGAUAGCCAAGCAGCGGUCUCUUGUUGAUAGUGCAGUGCUGGAGGCCCUACGAAGUAUAGAAGGACUCAGAAACAGUAUUGCUAAACAGCAUCAAGAAAUUUGGAGAAAAUGCUUUCUGUUAGCUAAAAGGAAACUUCUAUUGCUUCUCAAAGAGGACCUUCACAUCCUCAUUCAUUCAUUGAAGAAACUACAGGACGCAAGGAGUGGCUAUCACCCUUUUCAUGAGAAAUCUAAACAUCUACUAAUCCAGGCGGAACAACUUGUUCACAAGAGUAAUGAACAAAUUAUCAAUCUUGAACACAUUUAUGACCAGCAUUCAGAGAUAGAUCACAUCUUCAGCAAAACCAUUGACUUCACUCUUAAAAAGCUUCAGGAAUCAGAAGGGUGGACUCAGCAGCUUACAAUGAUGUUCGAGUCCAUGAUUUUUCACACCAAAGAGCGGUUUCAAAAGGACUUGCUCGUGAACUCGUCUGUUUUAUUUGACUAUCUAGUAGGCGAACUAAAGCCAUUCAAUUUCGCCUCGCACGGAUUAAGCGAGAUGAUGAGCUGCUUCACAGCUCUCCACAACGUCGAUAAUAUGAUGGAAAGAGUAGUCAAUUCUAUGACUGCGGUCACUGAAAUCAUCUCUGCUUUCAACAACUCGGACUACGACAUGGCCAUAGAGAAGGCCACGUCCAAGUUUAUUCAGUUGAAAUUGCAGCGAGAUGAGCUUUCGGAAGAGUUAAGCUCCCAUAAACUUGCAAACCCACCUAAACUUCAGCAUAGAGGCAAGGAUAAACGGACCUCCACAUCCCCAUUGCGGCUGUCACCGCCACGAGCACACAAGAGAUCGUUUAAAGUCAAUAGCCAUCACCAACCUGACGAACAUGGCGAAGAAGAUAUCAGCAUGGAAGACUCUUUUGCCAAUCGGAGCGCGAUGGACCAGGACUCAUCGCCUCCGUUGAGAGUAACGGAGAAUCGACCCGUGCUUGACGUUCUAGAUCUCAACAACGACACUCGUGUCGAAAAAACGGCUUCCGUGCCAGCCUUUCAAGACAACGGCAUCUCGCUUCGAGCACCUUUGCUCAACAAAGGAGCCAGUACGAAGGUUGUGAAGAGAGACUUGACCCCGUUGACCAAUGAAAACCUCCAGAGGGAGAUCGAUUGA